AAACUACCGCGUCUUCCAAACACGGCCUCUUCUUCUAUAUAUAGUAUUUAAUUUGUUUUUACUUACCAAUUCCACAAUCUCCAUCAUAUACAGAAAUUACAUAUAUCCAUAUUACACCUAUAUAUUUACACCCUACCAAAGUACACAUUCAUCUUUAUCCACAAAAAAACAUCAUCCUCAUAAACACAGAAGUUCAAGAUAUUCUUGUGUAUUUCUUGUUUUUAUUAAGUUAUGCCAGAACCUAACUUGAACGGAGCCUAUUAUGGCCCCUCUAUUCCGCCACCAACCAAAACCUACCACCGUAGCCGUGGUGGUAGCAGUUGCAACCCAUGUAGCUGUCUCUUCAACUGCCUCUGCACUUGCAUCUGCCAAAUAAUCUUCACCCUUCUCAUCGCCCUUGGAGUCAUCGCGUUAGUCCUCUGGCUAGUCCUACGUCCUAACAAGGUCAAAUUCUACGUGACUGAUGCUACAUUGACACAAUUUGAUUUGUCCACUGCCAACAACACCCUUUACUACGAUCUCGCCCUCAACAUGACUAUAAGGAACCCCAACAAACGCGUUGGCAUUUACUACGAUUCAAUCGAAGCUAGAGCCAUGUAUCAAGGCCAGAGAUUUGCUAGUCAAAAUUUGGAACCGUUUUAUCAAGGCCACAAGAAUACUAGCAAUUUGCAUCCAGUGUUUAAAGGACAAAGUUUGGUUCUAUUGGGAGAUAGAGAGAAAUCAAAUUACAAUAAUGAGAAGAAUUCAGGAGUUUAUGAUAUUGAAAUGAAGCUUUAUAUGCGUAUAAGGCUAAAGAUUGGUUGGAUUAAAACACACAAAAUUAAGCCAAAAAUUGAGUGUGAUUUCAAGGUUCCUUUGGAGGCUAAUGGAAGAUCUGCUAAUUUUGAGGAAACUAGGUGCCAUCUUGAUUGGUAGACCAUAAUAUUCUUUAGAUUAUUGAAUAUUUUUUAAUCCCUUUUAGCAUUCAUGGAGCAUUAUUAUUAUUUGGUUAUUAUUGUGAAAUAAAUAAUGAGGUUAUUUUUCUUGUCAA